UUGUAAAAGAGUGUUCUAAAGUAUUGUUAUUAAAUAUGAAUACUGUUUGUUAACUGUCAACCUGUUAGGCCUGUUGCUCCCACACCGCAGAGGUCAGCUGCUGCGGUGGGCGUUCCACCAGUUUGAAAACUACAAAAGAAGCUGUAGAUGAAAACAUUCACACAGAGCCAUGAACAAUAUUGUGAUGUUAUGGUAAGAGGUGUGUGUGCUUAGAGUGUUCUUUUCACACACUCACCAACUGUCAUAAUAUGAAAUUUGAAGCAGUUACAUUUAAACAAACGUGUCAUGUAAUUGCUCUGUAAACGUGCAGAGAGGAUGAACUUGACACAAGUUACUUAUCUUACUCUUGCUGGGUACUUUGAAACCAGAGUGUUCAUCCACCUAUUGUUUCUGAUUUUGCUGUGUCUCUAUGUGUUGAUCAUUGUUUCUAAUGUGUUGCUGAUUGUAGUUAUCUGUAUGACCAGAAGUCUACAUGAACCUAUGUACCUGUUUCUGUGCAGCCUGUUUGUAAAUGAACUGUAUGGUAGUACAGGUUUGUUUCCAUUCCUGCUGCUUCACGUUCUCUCUGACGUUCACACUGUCUCUCUUUCCUUGUGUUUCCUGCAGAUCUUCUGUGUUUACUCGUAUGUCACAAUCGAGUUUUUUACUUUAGCCAUCAUGUCAUAUGACCGUUUCCUUGCUAUAUGUUACCCUCUGCAGUACAGCACACGCAUGACCUUUAACAGGAUUGCUAUACUCAUUGCUAUAAUGUGGUUACUUGCUUUUCUUAUAGUUACUGGCACAAUAGUCUGUAGUUUGUCACUUAAGCUGUGCGGAAACACCAUCAUCAAUGUAUACUGUGUCAACUACUCCAUAGUGAAACUGUCCUGUGGUGACACCACACCAAACAACAUCUAUGGACUUUUCGUCACAGCGGGCACAGUCUUUGUUCCUCUGACUUUGAUCCUGUUCACAUACGUGAAGAUUUUAAAAGUUUGUUUCUCUGGUUGUAAACAGACAAGACAGAAAGCAAUCAGCACCUGCACACCUCAUCUGGCCUCACUGCUCAACUUCUCCUUUGGGGUUUGUUUUGAAGUUUUACAGAGCAGGUUUGAUAUGAGCAGUGCCCCUAAUAUUCUAAGAAUAUUUUUAUCUUUAUAUUUUCUUACAUGUCAGCCACUGUUCAACCCUCUGAUGUACGGACUCGGGCUGUCCAAAAUACGUCAUGUCUGUAAAUGUUUGUUUCAUUCUGACAUGUAG